UUUUUGUCAAUAGACAAAAUCUGACAUGGACAUUAGACAUAUCUAUCUUUAGUAAGGUUUAGUAAGGUUAUGUUAUAAGAAUUUAAGGUUAUGUUAUGCGAAAAAUAAUAUUUUAAUGAAACAACGUAACAUUAUAAAACCUUAUUAUAUUUAUAAUGUAUCGUUUUAAUCUAUUUAUACUUAUUUAGUGAAUGAAACGUUAGCCUUAUUACACAACAAUGUUUAGAAGUGUCGUAUUAAGAUGUUUUUUUAGGUUACCCAUAAAACAUUUAAAAAAUGAAUGUUUUCUACAAAUACCAGAAACUGGUAAAGAUUACUCGAAAUUGUUCUGGUCCACUAGACGACGCAUUUCAGUAUCAAGUAUAAGUUUUAAAAAAAGAAAAUCUUCAGAGGAAAAGGCAAUAGAGAAUCAAGGAAAGAGGGUGAUCAGAUAUUCACCAAAGGCAGGCUCUGAGGUUGUGGGAAUAUGGCGUAACAUGACGGUUCAGGAGAUUGCUGAUGUCUUGAAAAAAAACGUUGACCAUGUCUAUAAGGCCUUAGAGUUUGCUGAUAAAAAUUCAGAUACAAUAUACAGAAAAGACACCGUGAUCCAUAAUCCACAGAUAAUAAGAGACGUUGUAAAAAUAUCUGGCUGCAGGUUCAAAAUUGUCGCUAGACCUGACGAAGAAGUGGAAAAAGAAGAGAAUAAAGACGCAGUCCCAGCGCCUCCCGCGCCUCCCGAGAGGCUUCGCCCUCGACCACCAGUGGUAUGUGUAAUGGGACAUGUAGACCAUGGGAAGACCACACUUCUCGACGCUCUAAGAGAUACAUCUGUUGUUGACACUGAGUUUGGAGGGAUAACACAACAUAUAGGAGCUUUUGAAGUGAAGCUACCGUCAGGCGAGAAGGUAACGUUCCUCGACACGCCGGGCCACGCGGCCUUCACGGCGAUGCGGUCGCGCGGGGCGCACGCCACGGACGUGGUGGUGCUGGUGGUGGCGGCCGACGACGGCGUCAUGGAGCAGACGCUGGAGUCCGUGCGCAUGGCGCGCCAGGCGGACGUUCCCAUACUGGUGGCAAUCAACAAAAUCGACAAGCCAGGUGUGAACAUUGAAAAAACGAUGCGUUCUCUCGCACAACACGGCCUAGUCUGUGAAGCGUUAGGUGGUGACGUUCAAGCUGUAGCCAUCUCGGCGUUAAAGAGGCUGCAUCUUGAUACGUUAGUUGAAGCGCUCAUCUUACAAGCACAGCUGAUGGACCUAAAGGCGGACCCCGGGGGGUAUGUGGAGGGGGUGGUCAUUGAAGCCUUUGUUGAUCCAAGGACAGGCAAGCAAGCAACGGUGCUAGUACAACGAGGUACGUUGCGGAAAGGAUGUGUUAUCGUCGCCGGAAACGGAUGGGCAAAGGUGCGCGUGCUGCAGGACAGCGCAGGUGUAGGCCUGCAGGAGGCGCCGCCCGCCACGCCGGCGCGCGUGCUGGGCUGGCGGGAGAUGCCCGCCGCCGGCGACCGCGUGCUGGAGGUGGACAGCGAGAAACGCGCAAACGAAGUAAUGAAAUGGCGUCACAACCAACGCAUGAAGGAGAAGCAGGAGUCCGACCUCGAAGCGAUCAGCAUCAAGGAGAGCGAACACCAAGCCAAGUACAAACAGAUGCUAGCUCAAAAGCGCGCGAUCGGUCGCUUCAGGACGCGGCCGGACGGGCCCCGGCAGAAGAUGAUCCAGCACGACGACCACCCCACGCUCAGUGUGCUGGUUAAAGGUGAUGUCGACGGAUCCGUAGAAGCAAUUCUAGAUAUUCUGGAAACUUAUGACGAGCACGAUCGCGUCAAACUGGAACUUGUCAACUACGGCGUGGGACAAGUCACACCCAACGACAUCGAGGUCGCGCAAGCUUUCAAGGCUAUAAUAUACGCAUUUAACGUGGAGUGUCCACCAGCAUUGUCCGUGGAGGCCAAGAAUAGUGGGGUGACGAUUAAGAGACACAAUGUCAUCUACAAGCUAGUGGACGACGUCAAAGAAGAGCUCAAUGCACGGAUACCGGUCACACAAGAUGAGGAGUUGCUCGGUGAGGCAAACGUUCUCCAAGAGUUCCAAGUAUCGGAAGGCAAGAAGAAAGUCCCAGUGGCUGGCUGUCGCUGUGUGAAGGGGUCGCUUGUCAGGAAUGCCCUUUACAGGGUAAUCAGGGCACAGGAGGUUGUUUUUGAAGGUAAAUUAGCAUCAAUGAAACAUUUAAAAGACGAAGUGACAACAAUAAAACGUGAUAUGGAAUGUGGUCUACGUUUCGAAGACCCGGCGUUUAGCGUUCAGCCAGGAGACACCGUUAUUUGUUAUAAGAUGGUUGAUGUUUCGGGCAAAACCAAUUGGGAUCCAGGAUUUUAGACAAUUGUACCCAAUAGUAACCAAAUUGUCAGAAAAUAGGUUGAAGAAAUCGAAGUUUUUACAUCAUUGAAAGACUUACACUAACUGAUUCUAUCCAUUUAAGUUACCAGAAAAUACGGUCAAUAUAUAUAAAUGAAACUAAAAAUGGCACAUUUUUUAUUCAGUAAGAUUAAAGAAGUCAAAAGUGUUCUGCCUUUCUAUGUCGAACUCAAAAUCACUGGUGAUAGAAAAGAGCGGUGGGCCGCAAACUUCAAUCUAAUACCAUGUAUGUGAAUAAAAUUAUGAAUACUCCAAAAUAACUUAGCUCAAGUCUGUCAAGUCAUAUUUACAUGACAGCCGCAAGAGAAAAAACGUCGAAUUCAAAUGUUCCAGUCUAUUAUUACCGUAUGCAGAUUAAUUUACAUUUGAUUGUAAUAAGUAGAUAAUUUAUAGAAUUAGUUAAUAAAUUAUCAAAGAAAA